AUGGAUUCCUUGAAAAUAUACGUGUACGUGCUGGCGUUGCCGUUAGGACUGCUGGCCUUGCGCACUGUGUACCAUCUGUACUUCCAUCCGCUGUCCAAAUUCCCCGGUCCAAAACUCGCUGCUGCGACCUUUCUCUACGAGUUCUAUUACGAUGUGAUCAGAAGCGGUAUGUACAUCUGGGAGAUUGAGCGGAUGCACGAGAAGUAUGGCCCAAUCGUGCGCAUCAAUCCACGAGAAAUCCACAUCAAAGACUCAAACUACUACGACGAAAUCCACGCCGGCAGCGCGCGCAAACGCUCCAAAGAUCCCAAAUACGCCAUAGCCUUCGGCGCGCCCAACUCCCUCGUUGGAACAAUCACCCACGACCACCACCGCUUCCGCCGCGGCCUGCUGAGCAAUUACUUCUCCAAGCGCUCGGUGGUAGACCUUGGUCCAUCCAUCCACGAUAAAGUCAACAAGCUAAUUGCGCGCUUCGAGCAAGCCCACCAAGCUGGCGACGUGCUCCACCUGCAACUAGACUUCGCCGCGCUGACUGCAGAUGUGAUUACCGACUACUGCUACGGUUGGAGCUACGGCUACCUGGACGGCGAGAAGGGGUCGAAGAGCAACGACCUUGUCGACGCGGUUAAUGGGCUGAUGGUGAUGAUUCACAUUAACCGAUUCUUCCCAUUCCUUAUUUCUGUUUUCAGAAAUGCGCCGCCUAACCUACUACGCUGGCUGCAGCCCCAGAUGGCGGAUCUGUUUGAUGUGAAGGCUAGGCUAAGACAGCAGGCGGAUGAUACUCUACAGAAGCAGGGUCGGCGGAAGGUUGAUACCGAGGCGAGGUUGACUAUAUUUGAUGCGUUGACGAGUUUGGAGUUGCCUGAGAAUGAGAGAACGCUUGAACGGCUAGAAGAUGAGUCUGCGCUGUUGCUUGGCGCUGGUACAGAGACUACGGCUAGGUCUAUUACUGUCGCGAUGUUUCAUCUCAUCCACAACAAAGAGAUUAUGACGAAGCUGCGCGCGGAGUUGAAGACUGUGCUGGUGACACCACUGUCUAAGGCAUCGUGGGUGGAUUUGGAGAAAUUGCCAUAUUUGACGGGUGUCGUGAAUGAAGGUUUGCGUCUCAGUCAUGGCAUGACAGCCCGGUUGGCUCGUGUUUCACCGAACGAACCCAUGCUCUACCAGGAUUGGGUUAUCCCUGCAGGGACCCCGGUCAGUCAGUCGAACUACUUCGUCCAUAUGGAUCCCACACUCUUCCCCCAGCCGGAAAAAUUCGACCCGGAGCGUUGGAUCCGUGCGACGGAGAAAGGGGAGUAUCUGAGUCGGUUUAUUGUCUCAUUUACCAAGGGAAGCAGACAGUGUCUGGGAAUGAAUCUCGCCUAUGCGGAGAUCUACUUAUCUUUGGCCCACAUUGCUCGUCGCUUUGAUUUUGAACUCUAUGAGACCACCACCGAUAACAUUUGUGUUUAUCGUGAUAUGGGUAUUGGGUGUCCGAAGAUUGGUUUGUUUGGUGUUAGGGCUACAGUAGUGGGUCUUGUGGAAGAGUAA